GUUUGUCUCUGGCUGCGCUCAGGCCAGAACCAAGAUUUUACACAUUCCUCACGAGUAACAGGGCUAUACCGAGGCAGUACCGAGCCCGCAGGACCCGCGCAGCCUCCCCUCCAGCCCCACCCGCUGCCCCGCAAGGGGACCCUGCAGAAGGGCGGUCCCGCUCCCGCGAUCUGCCCCCGGCACCCACCGGCUCCUCCCGGAACCCAUCCCCACCCUGGGGACGAGCAGCACCGGCAGCGCACUGACCGCUCAUCUGCGCGCCUCCGCCGCGCAGGCUCGGGCAGGGGCCGAGCCUCUGCCUAGCCCCGGGCUCACCGCUGGCCUUGGGAGGACCGAGCCCCGGCUGAGACGGUGAUCAGCAGCCCUCCGAGAGGAGAUGAGGGUGCCGAGACCAAGCAGGGUUUAAGUCCUGUCCCUGGUGUUUUGGGAUCCUCCCCUGACAUGGCUGUCCUUUGCAAGUUGAUAUUUGGAUAAGAUUCUAGUUGUCAGCAUGAAAGGAAAAACUGCACAGUGUGAUUGGAAAUCUGCAUCCCCAAAGAAGCCCUCUCCCUGCGACCGAUAUAAACACGCUUGCAUUAUUUGUAGAGGAUUUCUUUAUCUCUAUGGAGGACGGAACACCACCAGUCUUAGGGAUUUUUGGCGAUACAACAUAGUGAAAAAUGAAUGGGAAAUGCUGAAUUGCUCAAGAGAUGGCCCAGAAGAACUGGAAGACCAUUCAAUGGUGGCGUAUAAGGGCAAUCUGUACAUAUUUGGUGGGAUGGUGGAUUCUGCUUUUACGCAAGCAAAAACUCCUCUCUGGAUAUAUGAUAUUGAUUCUGCAAGAUGGACAGAGUGCUGUAACGUACCAGCAGAGACUGAGAGCUUGUCACCAACUAACAGAAAAGGUCACAGUGCAGUAGUAUACCACUCCAGCAUGUACAUCUACGGGGGGUACUAUGGCAUCAGAGGCAUUUCACAGGAGUUUUGGAAUUUCCAUUUUGAUACAAGAAAAUGGUUGUGUGUUUCCACCCCAUCUCACAGUACUGGCCCAGGACCUCGGCAUGGCCAUUCAGCAGUGGUUUAUCAUACAGGCAUGUACCUCUUUGGAGGACUGAUGGGGCUGAGUGAACAGAAGGACUUAUGGAAAUGGGACUUUGUAAGCAGCAGCUGGUCCAACAUCAGAACAAGCCAAGGACCUCCUCCAGUGGUAGGUCAUGCUUCAAUAGUCUUCAAAGACUCCAUGCUGAUUUUUGGUGGAGGGAUUUCAAAUUCCAGUCCUAAUGAUGACCUCUGGAUGUAUCAUUUCCAUACACAGACAUGGAAGAAGCUUAGCAUUAUCACCAAGACAAACUUUUCUCCUAAAAUGUAUCACUGCAUCUUAGGAAUUGGUGUUGGUUUCCAAACUACUUCAGAUUUCACUGGUACGUUCCCCAGCCAUUGCAAGAGUAAGCAGAAGGACCAUUACCAGCUGGUGACCAUCCCAAAGCACACUCGCCUUUGCAACUACUUCCGUCAGCAAACCGCAUACCAAGCAUUAGGCAACGAGGCAAGCGAUGCAAUUGAAAUGAAAACCUUUAGCUUGCCUCUGGGGUUGGGGGGCUUUUGUGCAUUGCAAACAACUUCAGAGGCAGAACUAGACACUAACAGAGCAACGAGCAUUUUGUCAAAGGAUGGGUCUCUGCAUCUGCUUGUCUCUUCAGAAGAAGAGACUUUUGCUGCUGCUCAGAUGGUUGGAGAAGAAGAGGGAGCCAGCUGUCAGCUGGCGCCUGCAGUGGAUACUGAUGUGCUGCUGCUCAUUGGGGGUAAACCUCUGUCCAGCUCAUCUGAGAUCUUAGUCAGGCAAAUGGAGUUUGGCAGCUUGUGAUCUCUUCUACUGCAAUUACCAUAACCAUGCCAGCAGGUGGUAAACCAACUGCGUGCAACUGUCUUCAGUUUCCUAUGGGCACACUGGGGAAAAAGUAGUAAAACCUUCUCAUACCAGCUCUGAACAGAUUCUUACAAUGUGAACAAACCCUAAUACGUAUUUUAAGUUAGAACUUACAUAUAAGUCACAAUUUCUGAGAGGAGCAUGUUGGAAUGAUAUUUUUUUGUUACUUUUCUUCUCAUCAGUUAGUAUCCUUCCAAAUUGCAGUGGCUGAUGCUGCCUUGAAAAUUGGAACAAAUAACCCUUCAGCUCCCUAACUGUUAUUUCAGGCUUAAAGCUUGCUUAGUUUGCACAUGCAUAUGCACUUUGAAAUCUGCAUUUGAAUAAAGUUUGUGCAUGUUUCAGUCACACUGGAGGGAUUUGACGAAUCUUAACAGCAACAUGACAUGGCCUAGACAUAUUAGGAAGUGAAACGUAGAAGACGCUCAAGGAUUGCAUUUAACCCUGAGGAAGUGAAACCAUGUGUUCCUCCUCAACAUCAUGUGCAGCAUCAGAGCAGAGGAAGUGCAUUACGCCUGGAAGAACAAAACAGUUGCCAAGUGAAUGGUAGGCUUAAUGCCUGAGCACAGGAUCAAAAGGAGAAAAAAUGAAAAGAGGAAGGUUUGACAGGAGUGGCACAAAACAUAAGCUGUUCUGGCUGGUAACUCAAAUUUUAGCCACAAAGAGAUUUCUGUGUUUCUCACUCCAUCUCUCUGUGUUUUGUCAACAUACAUAGUAUUUGUUACACUUUCCCCUCUAUACUAACAAAUCCUGAGUUCAUGUGUGGCUGGCUUUAAUUUUCUGAAAAGAAAAUGUGCUCCUUUUUUUUUUUUUUUUGGAAAGAGAAUAUUGUCCAGGAUUUCAAGCAUUUGUUUCCAUAGAGGUUACUGAGACUGCACCUCAGCCAUCUUUAAGAAGAGAUCCUGAUAUUUGAAAUUACUGUAAAGUGUAACUUAGCACUUCUGACAUUUGAAGAGAUCACUUUUCAGACGUUCCAUGGGAAUAAUGAAUUUUAAGUGAGAGUGUUUACAGAUACUUCUAUCACUUCUUCACAAGUAGCUUUCACAUUAAUUCAAUAGCAGAAUUAUAGAUGAGUUCACAGAAAGGCUACCUGAGAUUUGGACUUCCCAUGGGCUUUGUUUGGAAACAGAGAGGAUAGUAUGUAAAUAAAUC